AUGGCAAAUAUAUCUUCAAUGUUGUCGAUAGGACAACGACAUGACAUUUGCUCUGAAGACAUUGCCAUUAAUUGUACAAAUGUAACUGUUUCUGAUGCUAAUGAUUGUAAUGGUUCAAAAAUCUUAGAAGAUUUACAAUGUUUUGUAUGCGAUGCAAAAAUUCAAGGACGUCAUUAUGCUUUGGCGACAUGUAGAACACAGAUAUCGAGAACUAGAGUAAUAGAGAAACUUGGAGAAUUAGUUGGUGAAAGAUAUAUGGUAGUAAUAUCAGAAGAUGAUGUAAUUUGUCGAAGUUGUGCCAAUCUUAUUAAUACACUUGACAAACUUGAUGUUGAAAUGUGUAAUGUACGUGAUAAUGUUUUGAGAUUCUUGGAGCAAAAGUAUUCUUUGGAAAAAGGAGAACUUCUUGGUAAUAAUGAGAAACAAAAGCGUUCUCAACCACCACAAAUCACAAAAUGUAACAGUCAAACUAUUACUAAUUAUCAAAGUAGAAGAGAUGUUAUUUUAUCUUCAAAUAUUACUGAGAAACCAAAACAUAAGAAAAGUAAUGUUUGGUUGCAAUGUGAUAAGUGCCAAUAUACUACAUUACAUAAUUCAUUUAUAGUGCACCAUAUUAGAAAUCACAGUAAACAAAAAAUAUUUUGUGAUAAAUGUGGUGUACAAUUUUAUGAAAGUCAACAAGAAUCACAUAACUGCAAUAUGAAAGAACAUAUAAAUAAUCAGAUUAAAGUUCAAGACAAGCAAGCAGAAUCAUCUUUGAAAUGCAUUGAUGAAACUAUAUUGGAUAUUCCAAUUUUGGAAAAAAAUAUACAACAGAAUGUACCAAUUAUGACUAUUGAAACAUAUUCAGAAUCACAAAUUUCAAACCGUAAUGAAAAUAUCCCUAUAAUAAGAUUAUCAAAUUCAGAAAAUUUAUCAAUACAAAAUAUUUUAACUUCUGAUAAUACUUCUGCAACUGGUCAACCAAUAUAUGUACGUAUUUUACAACCUGUUGAAGUUAACGAAGCACCAACACAUUCAACAGUUAUGGUAUCACAUUCUGAUACAGAUUUAGCUAUAAAACUUAAAGACAAUUCAGAAAAACAAAUUUUAACAUUGACAGAAGAUGGUAAUUUAGAAAUGGCAGAAAUAGCUUGCUGGAAUGAUAUACAAUCAUCAGAAUCACAAACCAAUAUAAUGUUCCAAUAA